CUUGAACGUCACCACUAAGGAGGCGGGUUUCUCGGUGGAGCUGGUGGCGUCGCGGCGCAGCAGCGUGGCGUUGGCGGCGGUCAUGGGCUCCAUGUUCGCCCUCUCCAUCAUGGUGCUGCUGGUGGUCUACAUGGGGCGCCGCGUGCAGCAGCACAAGUCCUGCGGCCACUCGCUGAAGAAGUACAUGCAGCACGCCAUGUCCAUCCCUCUGAACGAGCUGUACCCGCCGCUCAUCACGCUGUGGGAGAGCGAGGCCGAGAAGGACAAAGACGACAAGGAGGAGGAGGAGAGGGAGGCGGGAGGGAGGGAGGAGGAGGCGGGGGGGAGUCACAUCGACACCACAAAGACGUACAUGUGGUAGCUGGAGGAGGGGGGAGGAAAGUUACCAGCCGAGAGAAAGUGACUCAGUGAAGAGCCACACAGACUGCAUGAUGGGUAAAAAGAUGUCUCUAAAUGAGACGGGGGGGGGGACUGAUGGAGAGACAACAGCCUCCAAAACACAUGCUGCUGUUUCUUUCAUCCUUCAGCCCGAAAUCACAAAUCCUGCAUCAAAUACGAGCCACAUGAGCGUUUCUUAGACCAACAAGCUGUCCUCCAGCACGAAACUCUCCUGCGCUGCCGCCGUACGGCCUCUAGAGGACGCUGCCACGAGAAACGUAAACAUGCUGCACAAACGAGCUGCAUGGGCAGGACAUUUUAGUUCUUUUGCGAUCACGUUGGGGCAAAGCAGUCAAAUAAAACUACUUUUCAAUAAUGAAGAUAAACAAAAGUGUAGAACGGGACACUAAUCAGACAUUAAUAUUUAUUGAAAAGGAAACGGGGUCUGUGGUUUACGUGCUAAAAUCUAAAGAACACCAGCAGGUUUCUGUUCGUUCUGUUUCUCAGCUGGAGGUUCUGUAGACUCAGAUCUGUUUCUCAAACUGCGGGUCGGGGGCCGCUAAUCGGUCCGUCAGCUGGUCCAGAUGUUCUCCUUCCUCUCGGCUGUCCUCUUCCCGCCGUCGGACACACUGACAGCAGCUUUACUGUUAAAACAAAUCAGAUUCUUGUGAUUUAGUUCAUCUGAUGAACACGAAUGCAGCACUAACUCUCACUUUUCUAAAGAUUUCACUUUAAAUGUUGUCAGUAGCACUUCACCGUCUCGUCUUCUCACUCUUCAAACUAUUUAGAGAAACGAAUGUCUCGUUAAUGUAGCGUACAGACGGGGACGCCUGUAAAACAAAGCUACACACUCGUAUUUAUACAUACAAACGGAUUCUUUUGCAUGAUUUUUAUUGAGCAUAACAACAAUACUUUAAAUACACUGAGCUCGAGACACUUUCACAUGUUUACAAAGACGUAAAUGCAGUUUUUUAUAUCUUCGCUCCAGUGUAUUCACGUCAUUUAAAGAAGCGCUGGAGAAUUUCACAGAUUCCAAAAGCAGGGACAGAAACACUACAGGAAGUAGAAACUCCUUGUGCUAUAUACAAAUGGACGCAUGGUCACGACCCGUUGGUGUCAGUUUGUAACGCAGUGGGUGGAGCCCUGCAGCGUCCGAAAACUAAAAGUCAACCAUGAAUGCUUUUUAGUAAAGUUACCUAGGUUAGGAAAAUCACAUUACUGUGAAGCUCUGCUGAACUCCAGGCCCACGAGGGUUAAAGCAGCGCUGGAAAAUAAUGGGGGCCCCACAGAAUAUUGACACUUUGGGCCCCAUGUGGACAUUUUCACUGAGGGGUGUCCUCACUGUUGUUUGCCAGCGGUUUAGACAUUAACGGCUGUGUGAUGUGUUAUUUUGAGGGGACAGCAGAUUUACACUGUUAUACAAGCUGCUCACUACUUUACACUGGAGCAAAGGGUCAUUUCUUCAGUGUUGAAACAUCAGAUAUUUACACACAUGUGAGGGACGGACUCACUUUUAUGAGAUACUGUAACUUAUGUUCGUUCAGUUCAGUGACAAUUUAGUUAUUUUACCCAACUAAAUUCAGACAUUUCCAAAUGUUGACCAGUAGUUUUAUUCUGAAAGUCUAAACUGUGACCAUGGAGCCCUACACGUCCAGAAACGAUGCUAAAGCCCCGGACAUACUUGCUUUUAACUACGCGUACGCAAGAUGGCUGCCACGCGUAUCCCGCGUUCCUUUGGAGCGUCGGUUGUACACGUCUCCAGAAAUUAACGCUACGCGUCCGGGAGGUGCAGUUCAGCACAUGAACGUGGGGUCAGUGUGUCGAUCUGACCUCCUGCUCCACACUCCAGCCAGGUGGAUGCAGUCGAUUUGCUAACCACCAUUAAACACAAAAGAAGAAGAAGAAGAAGAAGGUCAGCAGCAGACUUAAAAAAGGAGAUUUAUGGCGGAAUGUUUACAGUAAAACUCCUGGACGUCCCUUUAAAAUCUCAACCUGCUCGAGUGUCGCCGUGUUUGGUUUGUUUACGAUGUGCAAAUUCGGAGGAAGGUGACCCGGUCCUGGUCCGCCCCCUAGUGGAUUCACGUUUAAUCCUCCAGGUACACGCAAAGUACGCGGGCAAGUACGUGAACAAAGCCGUUUGUGUCACCGACGCCUGUAAAAAGCGAGUAUAUCCCGGGCUUAAAGGGUAGCCAGGGCGUUAAACAGCGACGGCGAGGGGUCCUGACCGAGCGUCCGUCUGUGAGGAGUUGGGUUAGGAACAUGUUGGGACGCAUCGCACUGAAUCUCCUGAAGUUAUGUUACACAUCAAACACAUCUCUGAAGAAGAGAAAAGGUUGUUUGCUUGAACUAGUUUCCCUGUUGUCAGGUAAAAACCUCCAGAAGCUUCCGGUCACUAACUUCUGGUGUCGUCUGUGUCGGCGUUGAAAAGGCGUCCUAACGAACAGACGGAUGAUGUAAAGCAGGACAUCAGAGGUUUGGACUCGCAGGCUGAUCUCUGAAAAACCCAGAAUGUUUGAAGAAAAAUGAAAAUCGUGUUAUUGUCUGCGUUAAUCUACAAACAGAGAAAGGACAGAUGUCAUUUCCACGUUUGGAUUAGAACGGAACGUUUCUUGAUCCAGAUGGACAAAAGAAUCUUUCCGUCAAACAUCCUGCCGGGUUUCUCAGAGAGAUUUAGGUAAAUCCGCGAUGCUGCUUCUUGUUCGACGGCAUCUGAGGCGUUUCUCAGGCGGCGCCUCCCUCGCUCCUCCUCGAACACUUCCUGUCGUCCGGCCUGUGCGAUCGGGCCGUCGGUCCCUUUCAGUUCAGCUUCCAACCAAACAAACAACCUUCCGUCUGAAUCUGGGACCUCGCUGACUUCAGUCACCGACUCCACCGUUACGAGCUUUAUGGACACCCUCUGCGCCCUCAGUGGGUCUGCGCUCCGCCUGACCCCCUGAGGGCCUCCGGGUCGGUCUGGGUUUAGCUGCUGGUGCUGCAGCCUUUGCACUCACGCGUAGGACUGUUUGUACAAAACCACGUCUGUGUGACAACCUGCAAACUGUCGGAGCGGCGUUGACUUCAGUCUGGAAAAACUCCGUCGUUAUGAGAUUUACCUGAACAGAAAGACGCCGAAGACGAGUUCAGCAGCCUGACAUCCAACAAGCUGAAACAAGCUCCUCCCACGUCACAACGAGGAAGAAAACGUUUAAAAUGAGAUUUGAGAAGUUCUCUGGUACGUGUGCGAUGGUUUCAUCGCGUCACCUGAUCCUGGCCUCCUUAUAUUUGAGAGGUUUUCUGUCAAUUUGAAAAUGCGAGAUCGUUAUGAGACUUGUUCUUUUCUUAUAAUUAUUAGAUGCUAGUUCACAUUAGUUGCCGUUUCAUAUCUCAGUAAACUGAAUAUAUCUGUCGACAGUUCGGCGUGUUUCUGACGCCGAUCCGUCCGUUUGCAGGUUCGUCCUUCAGACUUUUAGCCAAAUAUUUCUUCAACUGUCUGUCAACCAAAAGACUUGGGGAGCAAACGCCUGAAGGACGCUGUGGGCAUUUAAGGAAUAUAUCUCCUGCGUACACACAUGCUGUUAGAAAGUGUUUCUCUGGUUCCUCCUCUCUGACCACAGUCUGUUUCUCACUGAAUCUCUUUGGCUUCUGGGCGUUUGCAGACGUCACGUCGGCCUCGGUCAGCUGUAAAAUGAAUUCUUUGAUUGUUUCUUUGCACAUGUGAGACUUGUUUUGUUUCCACCGUCAGAAUACAAAGACGUCACAGCUCGGACUGCUGGAGUCUGAGCAGGACACGCAGCUCCGGCCUCGAAGCCACAGUUUAGUUCUGUUGGUGUUUCUGAAGCUCUGGACCGGCUUUCCCUCUAACGGACUCUGAGGAAGACUGCGGCUGAAAGCUUCAGAGAAUCAGAGACCCGCUCUGCAGAAGAUUUUACUGAUCUGAUCAUCAGGUCAGUGUGGAAACAGAGCGGCGGCGCCCUCCGGUGGCCAUCAGAGCGAAGAACCAGACACACUCCCGUCACACUGCUCCUCUCGUUCACGUUAAACUGGAACAUGCAGGGUAUUUUGUAUAAAGUGUAUCGCUCUAUAUUUGAAGAAAACUACUGCUUAUUAUUAUUAUUAUUAUUAUUAUUACUAUUAUUACUAUUAUUACUAACACUGAGCACCAACUGUAACUAAAGGGGUGUGUGUGUGUGUGUGUGUGUGUGUGUGUG